GCGCACCCUGCUGGCGCCGGCGCCGUACACCGAGCGCCUGCAGCUGCAGGAGGCGCUGCGGCAGGUCGGAGACUCGGCUAAGGCCAGCCAGAAGGAGCGGGAUGUGAGCGAGAUGCUGCGCCGUCUCUCGGAGCUGGAGCGGGACGGUCGGCCGUUCCUGGUGCACUACUUCCCCGGCAACAAACCGUACGUGGUGCCGGCCGCCCGACUGCUGCGCGGCCGCUCCCUGCCCACCGCCGUCGUGUACCGUUGCCGGGGCGCCCUCUGCCUCCGCUGCUGCCUGCCGGAGGGACAGGCGGUGGACGGACGGUUCUCGGCGGCUGGCUGGCUGCGGGACGUGACGGCCGGGGUGGCGGCCGAGCCAGUGUCCUGGGCCGACCCGCUGCGCACGGCCGGCCUUGACAUCACGGCCCGGCUGACGCACCAGCAGGAGCAGGCGCUGGUGGCUGACCUGCUGGCGCGGCUCUCGGAGCGCGCCACUGCCGGCCUGGGCUGAUGUGGUGUAGAAUACAGUCG